CUUCACCUCACCACCAUCCCCGUCCACCGCUGCCCUCUACUACAAUGUCAAACGCAAGGCUCUCCGCGCUCGCUACCCAAACACUAACACUCCUCUUCGAGCGCUCCCGGAUGCAGUCCCUCUCCCCAGAGCCCUCGCAGCUCCACCUCCCACAAAUUACCGCCAACCUCGAGACGCUGCGCACCGCCGUACUCGCGUCGCCCCCGUACGCCGCAGAGACGGAGGACCUUCGCGUGCAAUACGAGCGGCUGCUGGAUAUGCUGGGCGAGGCCGAGGCGCAGAAGGCCGGGCUCGAGCGGAUACCACCGCCCCGCGAGCCGACACCGCCACCCCAGCCGCUGUCGCCGUCGCCAACGCCGAGCUCGGAUACGCCGUACGAGCCGUACACGGACGACCCUGGCGUCUCGGACCACGGUAUCCUCCUCCAGCAGCACGAGAUGAUGUCUGACCAAGACACGCGCCUCGACGUACUCUCGUCCUCGAUAGGUCGGCAGCACCACCUCUCACUACAGAUCAACGACGAACUCGAUACGCACUCGGGCCUGCUCGACACGCUCGAUACGGACCUCGACUCGACGCAUGACCGCAUGACGUCCGCCCGGAGACGGCUCGACAGGGUCGCGCGGGGCGCCAAGGCCAACGGCUCGUCUGUGACGAUUGCGCUUCUCAUCGUCGUUCUCCUCAUACUGAUCGUCGUAUUCAAAACAUGAUGACGACCACGCAUCCUUGGGUCUGCGCUGCUGUCAAUGCGCAUGUACGCGCUUGAUGCAAGACUGCGGUUCAUAGGACUAUCUCUAUUAUAUACGUGUACCGGAUAUUUACCCCAC